CCUAAAUCGAAAAAAAUGAUCAGAAGAAGAAUCUCUUCGAUCAUUUCAUCGUCUCUCAUCAAUUCCUCGCUCCACCACUCCUCCAAACCCAGAUUCACCGUCUCCUCGCCGCUUCUCCAAUGCCGUCGAUCUCCGAUCCUCACACAAGCUCCAACCUUUGCGUGCAAAGCGUCGUCGUUUCAGGGGAUUAGAGCUUACAGUUUGUUGAGCUUGAACGAUCUGAGAGACAAUGUGCCGAGGAAGCUCAAGACGAGGAAAGGAAGAGGUAUUGGGUCUGGCAAAGGUAAAACCGCGGGGAGAGGUCACAAGGGGCAGAAGGCGAGAGGGACGAUGAAGUUCGGUUUCGAAGGUGGGCAGACUCCGUUACGACGUCGUUUACCGAAACGUGGGUUCAAGAACAAGUUUAAGCUUCAUUUUCAGCCGGUUGGUUUGGGGAAGAUAGCUAAACUCAUAAACGCUGGGCAGAUAGAUUCUCAUGAAUUGAUCACAAUGAAAACACUCAAGGAUGUGGGAGCUAUAGGAAAGCAAAUAGAAGACGGAGUAAGACUAAUGGGACGUGGUGCUGAUGAGAUCAAGUGGCCACUUCAUUUCGAGGUCUCGAGAGUGACAGUUAGGGCCAAGGAGGUUGUGGAAGCAGCAGGAGGAUCAGUGAGAAGAGUGUAUUACAACAAAUUGGGUUUGAGGGCGUUGCUUAAACCGGAAUGGUUUGAGAAGAAAGGAAGGCUGUUGCCAAAAGCAGCAAGACCACCUCCUAAACAACAAGAUAGAGUCGACAGCAUUGGACGUCUUCCUGCUCCGAGGAAACCCAUCCCGUUUUAUGCAGCUGAGGAAAGCAAAGUUGAGUCUCCUGUUGAAUCAUGAUUUUGGUUUUUUAACGUUUGAUGUCUCGGUUUAAGUUGUUUGUGUUGUUUCUCGGUCUUGUUCUUACAAGAAAAUUUUUGAGAAUGGCCGAUGGAUCAAAUAAUGUCAUUCACGUUUUAAAUUCUUAUGGAUUUGGUCAUAAGUUCUUGUUCUUAUUUGUUGCUUGAGAUUAUGCCCGUCUCGUUUAAAAAGAGUGGGCCGGGCCCUAUGACCACUUCUGAC